AUGGCCCUAUCCCACCCCGGAGUCCUCCAUCAAUAUGCCGCUGGUCUCGUCGCAUUCGAGUACACAUCUACCCCGGCUACUCCAAAGCCGAACAGCCUCCUCUUCGUCGGCGGAUUGACCGAUGGCCUCGGGACGGUUCCCUACGUCACCACCCUCGCCAAGGCCCUUGAGACGACCGACUGGUCGCUGUUCCAUCUCGUCCUCACGUCCUCCUACAAGGGCUGGGGCUUGGGCAGUCUGGACCAGGACAUUGAGCAGAUUGGCCAAUGCGUCGACUACGUUCGCCGGGUGAAGGGCGCAUCCGCCCCGCAGUCAAAGGUCGUGGUGAUGGGCCAUUCGACCGGCAGCCAGGACGUGCUGCAUUACCUGAUCGCGCCGAACCCCGUGCCGCAGAACAGCACUGUCGGCAACGCGAACGAAUUGACGCACCAGCCGCGGCCGCCGCUGGACGGCGCCAUCAUGCAGGCGCCCGUGUCGGACCGCGACUCGCUCCUGCGCGGGGUCCGGGACGUCCCCGAGCUUAAAGCCACGUACGACCAGCUGGUGGAUAUGGCCCGGCGCCAGGUGCCCGGUGAGGUCUUGCCGUUGAACUUGACCACUACCCUUGGCUUCCCGUCCAACAACCCCAUUAAUGCGUAUCGGUUCUUGAGUCUCGCGAGCCCGGAUAGCCCCGCGCAUCCGGCGGACGACGAUCUGUUCAGCACGGAUCUGACGGAUCAGCGGCUCGCGGAGACGUUUGGAGUGGUUGCGAAGCGCGGAAUGCUGCGGUCCAGACUCAUGGCGCUGUAUUCCGGAGCAGACGAGUUUGCUGUGCCUGGGGUUGAUAAGAACGCGCUUCUGGCUCGGUGGAAGAAGGCAACGAACGCCGGCGGAGAGGGCACUUGGGAUGAUAACAGUGCGGUGAUCCCGGGGGCUAGUCAUAACGUUAAGGACACGAUCGGGCGAGGAGGAUUAAUCGGUGGGAUCCAUGCCUUCGCGAACCCGAUCCACAAACGUGAUGGGACACUCGGCAACCUUGAAGCCCAUGGCCUUGGCCCGGACCAUCAUCUCCAUUUGGAAACUGUACCCCUUGCUCUGGGUGCUGUGGAUGACCUUCUCAAGCACGCUCUUCUUGUACAGCCGGAAGCUACCAGUCAAGUCGCUCACGCCGGGCAUCAGCAUGACAUCGGCGAUGAGGUUGGCCGUGCGCGAGGUGAACUUCCGGAACAAAUCCCACCCGUACACGCCGCCCUUGAUACCGUCGCGGCUGGCGUACCGCGUGCCGCUGACGAUGUCGGCGUCCGUCUCCUUCUGGAUGCGAAUCAUCUCCGGGAUGAACUUGGGGUGGUGGCUGAAGUCGGCGUCCAUGAUGAUGAUGUAGUUGCCCGUGGCGAACUGGAGGCCGUGGACAUACGCGGUGCCCAGGCCCAGCUUGCCUGCGCGCGGUCUCAGGUUGAUGUGUUCGGGGCCCCAGAGCUUCUGGAGCUGCUUCGCGACUUCGAGGGUGCCAUCGGGCGAGCCGUCGUCGACAAUCACUACCUCCCAGUCGAGGUUACUUGA